UAUCUAGACCUCAUGAUUAUACUUUUUUUUCCAGCAUAUAAUUGCAAGUAAUGGCUCGUGUAAAAACGGUUUGCAUAUCCAAUGGUAUAAGUUUUUGUAAUAUACUCUGAUGUUGUUAUGUUCAAAUUGAAUUUAGACCAAUCUUCAAAAGAUUCAAUAUGGAUAUUUCUUUUAUUGUGAAAGAGUUGUAUGUCUGAUCAACAUGUUGGAACUGCUCAUGUCAAGAUUUGUUUUAAUAAUGGAAAAAAUUCAUUGACAUCAACAAUGAUGGACAACUGCCAGUUAGGCGAGAACAACUCAUCAUCAACUGUUGUGGAAACGUCAGGGUUUAUUUAUUAUAUAUCUGCCGAAUGAAAGAAAAAACUUAAUUAGCUUGGUAUUUUUACAAAAUAAAUAAAUAAAAUCUAUCUCAUUUAUACUGCACUUCUACGUUUCAGGCAGCCAAGUUCAGCUAAUGCUUGAAAGAGGUCUUCUUACAAUGCUUGGUUCUUAAUUGCUAACUUGAUGUAAAAUUGUAGCAGAUAGCUAUUUUAGAUUAAUUGCUAGAGUCUGUGGCUGUUGAUAAGUGUGUAUUGAGAUUGAUUUGUUAGCUUUCUUAGUGAAGGGAUUAGUUUUGUUGGUCAUCUUGACAAAACCUGUAAACUUGCUAUCAUCAAGAGGACCUUGACUUUUUGUUCUUGUUCUUGAACUAGGACAGCCCAUGUUCAUAGAAAAUGAGUGUUUGUUGUUAAUCUACUUUUGUGGUGGUUACAUGCCAAUUCCAUAUACAAUUUAUAAAAGAAAUCAUUUGGAUUUUUUUUUUUUUUCAUUUUCAGGGAAGCUGUGAGCUGCCAGUAUUGCAAAGGUAAAUUUUGAAGCAUUAGUUUUUCUUUAACUUGUUGACCUCAUAAGUUAUGACAUGCUGUGAUGCUACUGCACUUCCCUUUCUUUUUCCCAUGUUACUAAGAAUGUAUAACUUUAACGUCUAGACUUCUACUCUACCUAUGACUAUGAAAAAAAUCAGGUUUCAUGUUUCAGUUUUCCAUCAGCAACUUGAGCUCUAUGUGCAUGGGCAAGACAUUGUAGAUUGCAUCUAGUGUGAUUAUGUUGAGCUUCUCUUUUGACAUAUGAGCACGUCCUUUUUUCUUUUUUGCAUGACAUUUCUUGAUUGUGCUGAGAUGGAGAAAAUUUCAGUCAAGAAGAUCGACAAAAGAGGUACAUAAACAUUUGUCAUUUUUCUUUGUUGGAAAUGAAGUGAACGAUCAUCUGCACCAGUAUUCUUUGUUGUUGAGACCGCAUGUUAGAAUUUGACAUAAUGUUAGAUGUGGUAAAUUAAUACAUUAAAAACACUUUAAAUGUCCUAGCCAAAAGCAAUAUUUUGAGCAAAGAAAACGGCAACAACAAUAGCAGACAACUGGGCUAGACAGCUUUUCUGAUGGAAUGAAGACAUGCAGUCAGCAUCAAAAUAAUAAUCGAUCACUGGACAUUCUUAGUUUGCUUAACUUAUCAAUAGUUGUUCAAAAUUGCGAGUCAAGCUGCCGCAGUGUUACAGAGCAUUUGAUGAGUAUGAGGGGAUUGAAGUUGCUUGGAACCAGAUCAAACUCUAUGAUUUCCUGCAAAGCCUUGAAGAUCUUGAGAGGCUCUACUGUGAAAUUCAUUUGCUUGAGACAUUGAAACACCACAACAUUAUGAAGUUUUACACUUCUUGGGUUGAUACUGCAAACAAGAACAUCAAUUUUGUCACUGAAAUGUUCACUUAUGGGACUCUAAAACAGUAUAGGCAAAAGCACAAGAGAGUCAACUUUAGAGCAGUGAAGCAUUGGUGCAGACAGAUCUUGAAAGGUCUUCUCUAUCUCCAUAGCCAUGACCCACCAGUCAUCCACAGAGAUCUCAAGUGUGACAACAUUUUUAUCAAUGGCAACCAAGGGGAAGUGAAAAUCGGCGAUCUUGGCCGUGUGGCAAUUCUUCGAAAAUCCCAUGCUGAUCACUAUGUUGGGACACCAGAGUUCAUGGCUCCAGAAGUAUAUGCUGAGGAAUACAAUGAAUUGGUUGAUAUUUAUUCCUUUGGGAUGUGCUCCUUGGAAAUGGUCACCUUUGAAUAUCCCUAUAGUGAAUGCACUCAUCCUGCUCAAAUCUACAAAAAAGUUAUCUCUGUACAAAACCUUUUUCAACAGAUGAUAUCCAGACCAAUGACGACUAUAGAUUCUAUGCUAUAUCAGCUGAGUUCAGUGAAUUUAGUAACAAGGACAAGACAUAAAUUAAAUCAUAACUCAUGGGGUUUGUCUUGAUGUUUUUCCUAUUAUUUUUU